UCCGGAGCCCAGGGCCAGCCCUCCGCCAUCGCGGCCGCCGCCCAGUCCGCUCUUCCCCAGCCAGGUGCAAAACGCCUUGUCAUUGGGAGAGUCUGCGGCCGGAGCAUUGAGUUACAGCUCAGCCGAGCCGGGUAGGGCGGCGGGGGUGGAAGAUGAGCAGAAGCCCCAGUUCUCGGAGCGCCCGCUGACAAGCGGAGUAAGCACAACCGGUGCGAGGACCGAGUGUAGCCCACUGGAACAGCCCAGGGCUGGCCUGUUCCUCUGUAAGAGCAGAAGAUCUGAGCCGGCAGCCAGCGAUCCCAACUGGCCUCCCUCCUACAGCCUUCUUCAGGGAGGAGACCCGCGAGCUGCAUCUAGAUCCUCCCUGACCUUCUCCACCCUCUCCGCGCCCUGGGCGCACGGGGCCCUUUCUCGCGCCAGUCAUGCUGAGAGUCUUCAUCCUCUAUGCCGAGAACGUCCACACCCCAGACACCGAUAUCAGCGAUGCCUACUGCUCUGCGGUGUUUGCAGGGGUGAAGAAGAGAACCAAAGUCAUCAAGAACAGCGUGAACCCCGUAUGGAAUGAGGGCUUUGAGUGGGACCUCAAGGGCAUCCCUUUGGACCAGAGCUCUGAGCUUCAUGUGGUGGUCAAAGACCAUGAGACAAUGGGAAGGAACAGGUUCUUGGGGGAAGCCAAAGUCCCACUCCGGGAGGUCCUUGCUACCCCCAGUCUAUCUGCCAGCUUCAAUGCCCCCCUGCUGGACACCAAGAAUCAGCCCACGGGGGCCUCACUGGUCCUGCAGGUGUCCUACACGCCACUUCCUGGAGCCGUGCCCCUGUUCCCACCCUCCGCGUCUCUGGAACCCUCUCCGACUCUGCCAGACCUGGAUAUGCUGGCUGGUGGGGGACAGAGCCGGGCUGAGACUUGGUCCCUGCUCAGUGACAGCACCGUGGACACGAGAUACUCUGGAAAGAAGUGGCUGGCCCCCACGGAUACAGGAGGAGAGGAGGACACUGAGGACCAGGGGCUCACAGGAGAUGAGGCAGAGCCAUUAGUGGAUCAGAGUGGGGCCCCAGGCCCCGGGGCUCCAGCCACCCCGAGGAAGCCACCUUCCCAUCCACCCCCCUACCACCCCGGGAGCAAAAGGAAGAGAAGUGCUCCCGCGUCCAGAAAGCUGCUGUCAGACAAACCACAGGACUUCCAGAUCCGGGUGCAAGUGAUCGAGGGACGCCAGCUGCCGGGGGUGAACAUCAAGCCUGUGGUCAAAGUCACUGCUGCCGGGCAGACCAAGAGGACGCGGAUCCACAAGGGAAACAGCCCACUCUUCAACGAGACCCUUUUCUUCAAUGUGUUUGACUCUCCCUCGGAGCUGUUUGACGAGCCCAUCUUCAUCACGGUGGUAGACUCCCGUUCUCUCAGGACAGAUGCUCUCAUUGGGGAAUUCCGGAUGGACGUGGGGACCAUCUACAGAGAGCCCCGACACGCCUAUCUCAGGAAGUGGCUGCUACUCUCGGACCCUGACGAUUUCUCUGCUGGGGCCAGAGGUUACCUGAAAGCGAGCCUUUGUGUUCUGGGCCCCGGAGACGAAGCGCCGCUGGAGAAAAAGGACCCCUCUGAAGACAAGGAGGACAUCGAAAACAAUCUGCUCAGGCCAACUGGCGUGGCCCUUCGAGGAGCCCACUUCUGCCUGAAGGUCUUCAGAGCUGAGGACUUACCGCAGAUGGACGAUGCCGUGAUGGACAAUGUGAAGCAGAUCUUUGGCUUUGACAGUAACAAGAAGAACUUGGUGGAUCCCUUCAUGGAAGUCAGCUUUGCAGGGAAAAUGCUCUGCAGCAAGAUCCUGGAGAAGACAGCCAACCCUCAGUGGAACCAGAGCAUCACCCUGCCUGCCAUGUUUCCCUCUAUGUGUGAGAAAAUGAGGAUUCGCGUCAUUGACUGGGACCGCCUCACUCACAAUGACAUCGUGGCCACCAGCUACCUGAGUAUGUCGAAAAUCUCUGCCCCUGGAGGAGAAAUAGAAGAGGAGCCUGCAGGUGUGGUCAAGCCUUCUCCAGCCAUGGACCUGGAUGACCAUCUAGGCUUCCUCCCCACCUUCGGGCCCUGCUAUGUCAACCUCUAUGGCAGCCCCAGGGAGUUCACUGGCUUCCCGGACCCCUACGCAGAACUGAACACGGGCAAGGGGGAAGGCGUGGCCUACCGAGGUCGGGUUCUGCUCUCCCUGGAGACCAAGCUGGUGGAGCACAGCGAGCAAAAGGUGGAGGACCUCCCUGCGGAUGACAUCCUUCGGGUGGAGAAGUACCUCCGGAGGCGCAAGUAUUCCCUCUUUGCUGCCUUCUACUCGGCCUCCAUGCUCCAGGAUGUUGAUGAUGCCAUCCAGUUUGAGGUCAGCAUCGGGAACUACGGUAACAAGUUCGACACUACCUGCCUGCCGCUGGCGUCCACCACGCAGUACAGCCGGGCGGUCUUUGACGGGUGCCACUACUACUACUUGCCCUGGGGCAACGUGAAGCCCGUGGUGGUGCUGUCAUCCUACUGGGAGGACAUCAGCCACAGGGUCGAGGCUCAGAACCAGCUGCUCAGGAUCGCCGACCGCCUGGAAGCUGGCCUGGAGCGAGUCCACCUGGCCCUGAAGGCGCAGUGCAGCAGUGAGGACAUGGGCUCCCUGUUGGCUCAGCUGAUGGAUGAGCUCAUCUCAGACUGCAGCCAGCCCCUAGGCGACAUCCAAGAGACACCCUCUGCCACACACCUGGACCAGUACCUGUACAGGCUGCGCAGACGUCACCUAGGCCAGAUCACUGAGGUGGCCCUGGCACUGAAACUUGGCCGCAGUGAGCUCCCUGCUGCCCUGGAGCAGGCGGAAGACUGGCUGCUGCGUCUCCGGGCCCUGGCGGAGGAGCCCCAGAACAGCCUGCCGGACAUCAUCAUCUGGAUGCUGCAGGGAGACAAGCGAGUGGCGUACCAGCGGGUGCCUGCCCACGAGGUCCUCUUCUCCCGGCGGGGCGCCAACUACUGCGGCAAGAAUUGUGGGAAGCUGCAGACGAUAUUUCUGAAAUAUCCAAUGGAGGGGGUGCCCGGAGCCCGGAUGCCUGUGCAGAUACGGGUGAAGCUCUGGUUUGGGCUUUCUGUGGAUGAGAAGGAGUUCAACCAAUUUGCUGAGGGAAAGCUGUCCGUCUUUGCUGAAACCUAUGAGAACCAGACCAAACUGGCCCUGGUUGGGAACUGGGGCACAACAGGCCUCACCUACCCCAAGUUUUCUGAUGUCACGGGAAAGAUCAAGCUACCCAAAGAUAGCUUCCGCCCCUCAGCUGGCUGGACCUGGGCUGGAGACUGGUUCGUGUGUCCCGAGAAGACCCUGCUCCAUGACACUGACGCGGGCCACCUGAGUUUUGUGGAGGAGGUGUUUGAGAACCAGACCCGGCUUCCUGGAGGCCAGUGGAUCUACAUGAGCGACAACUACACUGAUGUGAAUGGGGAGAAGGUGCUUCCCAAGGAUGACAUUGAGUGCCCCCUGGGCUGGAAGUGGGAAGAUGAAGAGUGGUCCACGGACCUCAAUCGGGCUGUUGACGAGCAAGGCUGGGAGUACAGUAUCCCCAUCCCCCCGGAUCGGAAGCCAAAGCACUGGGUUCCUGCUGAGAAGAUGUACUACACGCACCGUCGGCGACGCUGGGUACGCCUGCGCAGGAGGGACCUCAGCCAGAUGGAGGCACUGAAGAGGCACAGGCAGGCAGAGGCGGAGGGCGAGGGCUGGGAGUACGCGUCGCUCUUCGGCUGGAGGUUCCACCUGGAGUACCGCAAGACGGACGCCUUCCGCCGCCGCCGCUGGCGCCGCCGCAUGGAGCCCCUGGAGAAGACGGGGCCUGCGGCCGUGUUCGCCCUGGAGGGCGCUCUGGGCGGUGUGGUGGAUGACAAGAGUGAAGAUUCCAUGUCCGUGUCCACCUUGAGCUUUGGCGUGAACAGACCCACGAUUUCCUGCAUCUUUGAUUAUGGGAACCGCUACCACCUACGCUGCUACAUGUACCAGGCCCGGGACCUGCCCUCGAUGGACAAGGACUCUUUUGCUGAUCCCUACGCCAUCGUCUCCUUCCUGCACCAGAGCCAGAAGACGGUGGUGGUAAAGAACACUCUGAACCCCACCUGGGACCAGACACUCCUCUUCUAUGAGAUCGAGAUCUUUGGUGAGCCAGCCGGCGUCGCCGAGCAGCCGCCCAGCAUUGUGGUGGAGCUGUAUGACCAUGACACCUACGGGGCAGAUGAGUUCAUGGGACGCUGCAUCUGUCAGCCCAGUCUGGAACGGAUGCCCCGGCUGGCCUGGUUCCCGUUGAUUAGGGGCAGCCAGCCAGCGGGUGAGCUGCUGGCCUCUUUUGAGCUCAUCCAGAGAGAGAAGCCGGCCAUCCACCAUAUUCCUGGUUUUGAGGUGCAGGAUACAUCAGGGAUCCUGGAAGAGUCGGAGGACACAGACCUGCCCUACCCACCCCCUCAGAGGGAGGCCAACAUCUACAUGGUUCCCCAGAACAUCAAACCAGUGCUCCAGCGUACUGCCAUAGAGAUCCUGGCAUGGGGCCUGCGGAACAUGAAGAGUUACCAGCUGGCCAGUAUCUCCUCCCCCAGCCUUGUGGUGGAGUGUGGGGGCCAGACGGUGCAGUCCUGUGUCAUCAAGAACCUCCGGAAGAACCCCAACUUUGACAUCUGUACCCUCUUCAUGGAAGUGAUGCUGCCCAGGGAGGAGCUCUAUUGUCCCCCCGUCGUGAUCAAGGUCAUUGAUAACCGUCAGUUUGGCCGCCGGCCUGUGGUGGGCCAGUGUACCGUCCGCUCGCUGGAGAGCUUCAUGUGUGACCAGUACUCCGAGGAGAGUCCGUCCCCACAGGGUGGCCCAGAUGAUGUGAGUUUACUCAGUCCUGGGGAGGACGUGCUCAUUGACAUUGAUGACAAGGAGCCCCUCAUCCCCAUCCAGGAGGAGGAGUUCAUCGACUGGUGGAGCAAAUUCUUUGCCUCCACAGGGGAGAGGGAAAAGUGCGGCCCUUACUUGGAGAAGGGCUUUGACACUCUAAAGGUGAGGCCUUUCCACGUUCUCCUCAGUCUAACAGCCCCUGGGCAUGCACGAUGGACAAGAAGGGGGUGUGUGUCACAGGAAGACAGUACACGUACAUGUGUGUCAUCUCCUUUGAACACAUGUGUGUCUCUCCUCAUUUGGUGCCUGAGGGCUGAUGAAUCCUGUGAUCCUUACAUCAAGAUCUCCAUAGGGAAGAAAUCAGUGAGUGACCAGGACAACUACAUUCCUUGUACUCUGGAGCCUGUGUUUGGAAAGAUGUUCGAGCUGACUUGCACUCUGCCUCUGGAGAAGGACCUGAAGAUCACUCUCUAUGACUAUGACCUCCUCUCCAAAGAUGAAAAGAUUGGGGAGACAGUCAUCGACCUGGAGAAUAGGCUGCUGUCCAAGUUUGGAGCUCGCUGCGGACUCCCACAGACCUACUGUGUCUCAGGACCCAACCAGUGGAGGGACCAGCUCCGCCCCUCCCAGCUCCUCCACCUCUUCUGCCAGCAGCGCAGAGUCAAGGCUCCUGUGUACCACACAGACCGCGUGGUGUUUCAGGAUAAAGAGUACACCGUUGAAGAAAUAGAGGCUGGCAGGGUCCUGAACCCGCACCUGGGCCCCGUGGAAGAGCGUCUGGCCUUGUAUGUCCUCCAGCAGCAGGGUCUGGUCCCUGAGCACGUGGAAUCCCGGCCCCUCUACAGCCCCCUGCAGCCAGACAUUGAGCAGGGGAAGCUGCAGAUGUGGAUCGACCUAUUUCCAAAGGCCCUGGGGCGGCCUGGACCUCCCUUCAACAUCACCCCGCGGAGAGCCAGAAGGUUUUUCCUGCGCUGUAUUAUCUGGAAUACAAAGGAUGUGAUCCUGGAUGACCUCAGCAUCACAGGGGAGAAGAUGAGCGACAUUUACGUGAAAGGUUGGAUGGUUGGCUUUGAAGAGCACAAGCAAAAGACUGAUGUGCAUUAUCGGUCCCUGGGAGGCGAAGGCAACUUUAACUGGAGGUUCAUUUUCCCCUUUGACUACCUGCCGGCUGAGCAAGUGUGCACCGUCUCCAAAAAGGAUGCUUUCUGGAGGCUGGACAAGACUGAGAGCAAAAUCCCAGCCCGAGUGGUAUUUCAGAUCUGGGACAAUGACAAGUUCUCCUUUGAUGACUUUCUGGGCUCCUUGCAGCUAGACCUCAACCACAUGCCCAAACCUGCCAAGACAGCUGAGAAAUGUUCCUUGGACCAGCUGGAUGACACCUUCCACCCGGAGUGGUUUGUGUCCCUUUUUGAACAGAAAACUGUGAAGGGCUGGUGGCCCUGUGUGGCAGAAGAGGGCGAGAAGAAGAUCCUGGCGGGCAAACUGGAAAUGACCUUGGAGAUCGUAGCAGAGAGUGAGCAUGAGGAGCGGCCUGCUGGCCAGGGCCGUGAUGAACCCAACAUGAACCCCAAGCUCGAGGACCCAAGGCGACCUGAUACCUCCUUCCUCUGGUUUACCUCUCCGUACAAGACUAUGAAGUUCAUCCUAUGGCGGCGGUUCCGGUGCGCCAUCAUUCUCUUCAUCAUUCUCUUCAUCCUACUGCUGUUCCUGGGCAUCUUCGUCUAUGCCUUCCCAAACUAUGCUGCCAUGAAGCUGGUGAAGCCCUUCAGCUGAGGACUCUGGUCCGGGACCGGCUGCCUUCUCCACCCAGCUUAGCUGAGCUCCUCCAGAACUCCAGGGCUGCCCGGACUGCCAGGGGAGACAGACAGACAGACUGGCACAUGCUGCAAGCGUGGGUGACAUCGAGCCCUGGGAUCACCCCCCGCUUUCAUCACUGUUCCCCCUUUCUCCCCCUCAACCCAGCCCAUUUUGGAUCAGUCCAUAUGUAUUUCAGUAUAAAACAGUUUGAACCACA